AUGGGCAGUAGUAGUGAUAGUACCAGUAAUCAAAAGCCAUCUAAUAAUAAUACACCUACUCGCAUUGAAUCCACUUCUGCCAAAAUCAAGAGAAAAUUAUCCAUACGCAAAAUGAAAAACUCAUCAUCAGCUGCAAUUGAACCUCCAAAAUUGGACCAAGUAUUGAGCUCACCCGAGUUGGAGCCACAAACACAACAGGAAAGAGUACCACAAACUUCAGCAAAGACCAACAAUACCAACAACAAGCCACUGGCAUCGACACCUCAGUCUAAAAAGACUGAAGCAAAAAAAUCUGACCUCGGUAAAAGCCAACCAAUUAGUAAUGGAAAUAGCAAGUUAAAGCCCACACCAGCAAAUACCAAAAACAAAGUUAGCAGUGGUGAAAAUAAUAUCGGCUAUAGUAAAGAUGGUGGUACUAGAGUCAAAGUAGAUCGACCAAAUAACGAUCACAACUCCAAGCUCACUCCUAAUGCACUGGUGAGAUCAUCAGCAUCUUCAACAAUAACAGCAACAGCAACAGCAACAGGCGCAGAUGCAGAUGCAGAUGCAGAUGCAGAAAGAGACUCUAUCACCACAAAGGUCUCUUCAGCUGCGCCCAGUAUGUCAACUACUAAUGGUGCUCGUGGUAGUGAGGUGAACAAAGAUUUUAAAGCUUCAGAGGAAACAACACUUGAAUAUACUAAAGUCGAGGAUAUCGAACCAGGUAUUGCAAGGGUCCAUGCCGGUUUCAGAAGCGGUAAAACACAAAGUAUCCAAUUUAGAUUGAACCAGUUGAGAAACUUGUACUUUGCAAUCAAAGAGAAUCAACCUGCAAUUUGCCAUGCAUUGAGCCAGGAUUUCCACAGAGUCCCAUCUGAAACAAUAAAUUACGAAAUAGCAACUGGAUUGGGCGAGUUGCUCUAUAUAAUGUCACAAUUGCACAAAUGGGUAAAGCCAGAAAAAGUCACUGAUUUACCACUAAACUUAUCCACCAGUCCAGUGUAUAUCGAAAGAAUACCAUUGGGAGUUGUCUUGGUCAUUGCGGCAUUCAACUACCCACUCUUUGUCUCCAUAUCGCCCAUUGUGGGUGCUAUUGCCGCAGGAAAUACCGUGGUUUUGAAGCAGUCGGAGGCAACUCCACACUUUAGUCAAUUGUUUACAAAUAUCUUGUCAAAGGCAUUAGACCCAGAAAUCUUUUUCCCAGUCAAUGGAGCAGUCCCUGAGACUACAGAAUUACUUAAGCAAAAAGUCGACAAGAUUAUCUUUACAGGCAGUGCCACUGUGGGCAAGAUUAUCGCAUCAAAAGCAGCAGAGACUUUGACACCUACAAUAUUGGAGCUUGGUGGUAAAACACCAGCUUUUGUUUUGGAUGAUGUUAAGGAUAAGGAUUUGCCCACUGUAGCCAGAAGAAUUGCUUGGGGAAGAUUUGCCAACUCUGGACAAACGUGUAUUGCAGUCGAUUAUGUAUUUGUUGCCAAAUCCAAGCAUGAUAAAUUUGUUGACGCAUUGAAAAAAAUUGUACACGAGGAAUUUUACUCCAACAUCAAUGCAAAUGAUAAGAACUAUACCCAUUUGAUCAACCAACGUGCAUUCAACAGGAUUGAAAAUAUCAUUAAAACAACAAAAGGUGAUAUUAUUACUGGCGGAGACGUAAACCCCAAGUCGCUUUAUGUGGCACCCACUGUAAUUGACAAUGCUACAUGGUCAGACAGCUCGAUGCAAGCUGAAAUUUUUGGUCCCAUCUUGCCAAUACUUACCUACGAUGAUGUUGAAACUGCAUCAAAUGAAGUCAUUGCCAAUCACGAUACUCCCUUGGCGCUCUACAUUUUCACCAGUGGAGCUACUUCUCCUCGUGUCAACCCCCAAAUCAAGACUAUAGCCACAAAAGUGAGAUCCGGUGGAAUGGUGAUCAAUGAUGUGUUAAUGCACAUUGCUCUUCAUAAUGCACCAUUUGGAGGCGUGGGACAGUCAGGAUAUGGAGCUUACCACGGCAAGUUUUCGUUUUUGGCAUUUUCACAUGAACGUACCACGAUUGAACAACAAUUGUGGAAUGAUUGGGUGAUCAAGGCUAGGUAUCCACCACAUACAAACCAAAAGGAUAAGUUGGUCAAAACAAGCCAACUGAGUUAUGGUGGAAGGGUAUGGUUUGCAAGAGAUGGCAAUGUUAGAAAAGAAGGACCCACAUCAUUUUUCAAUGCAUGGACUGGGGCAUUAGGAUUAGCAGAAUUGGUUAAAGAUUUUAUUGGUGCCUCUAUUUGA